AUGUAAUAUGAAAUUAAUGAAAAAUCCAAAACUUAUAAAAAUAAUACUAUCGAAACAUUAACAAAUAUAAAAUAAUAAUAAUAAGAUAAUAAAUAAUUAAAGAAACACCCUUAACCUGCCCGUUUAUAAUUUUAAAUAAAACGUUCUAAAUUAUUUAAUAAUCCUUUAGAAAAUUUAGGCAUUAGCUAUCCUAUUUAUUAUGAUACUUCUUCUUUAAGUAAACUUGAUAAACAAAUUUAAUUUGCUAUAAAAAUAAGUGCUUACAAAGAUUUUAUUUCAUCAAUUGCAUUUUAGAAUAGUAUUUUUGUAGAAGCCCCUAGUGAUAAAAACUAUCCUUUAUAUAAGGCUUAUGUUGGAAAAGGAAAUAAUUCACAAUUAAUUAGAAUGAUUUUUAAAAAAAGAACUUGGUGGACUUUAACUGAUUAAAAGGAGGAUUCUAUAAUUAAUAUUCUAUGGACUUAAUUAAGAAGUUAGAAAUUUCUCGAUUAAUUAAAUAAUGGAGAAACAAUAAAAAAUACUUUAACUAUGAAUACAAUUUAAUCUUUUGAAAAAAAUAUAAAAAUAAAUAAUUUCCCUCAUUUACUAAAAAUGCAUAAUCAUUUAGAGGAUAAUUUUCAUUUAACAAAUAAAAAAGCACUUUUUUAUAAUAUGAGAUCUUAUUACUAAUCUAUAGGAAAAAAUGUCUUUUAGUAUUUACCUUUAACUUUUCAUAUUUAAGAAGGUAAAGAAGAUAGCGAAUAUAUUAAAUUUAAAGAAUACUUCUAAGAAUAAUAAAAAAAAAAUUAACCAAAUAUUUGGAUUAUUAAACCUGGAGAAAUUACGAAUAGAGGUUGUGGUAUCAAAGUACUAAAUGAUAUUUAUUCAAUUCAAUUAAUUAUAGAUUCUAAGGAAACACAUGCAAUUAGUGGGAUAAGGAAAACAUAUAUUAUAUAAAAAUAUAUAGAAAAUCCAUUACUUUAUUAAAAAAGAAAAUUCGAUAUAAGAUGUUAUUAUUUAUUAACUACUUUUAAUGGAAAUCUAAAAGCAUAUUGGUAUCAAGAAGGAUAUGUAAGAACUUCUUCAUAAGAAUUUACAGUUAAAAAUUUUAAUAAAAAUAUACAUUUAACUAAUGAUGCUAUUUAGAAUAAAGAUGAUACUUAUGGAAAAUAUGAAAUCGGGAAUAAAGUUAGUUAUUGUGAUAUGAAUAAAUAUAUUUAGUAAAAUUAUCCAAAUAAAGAUUUUUAUUAUAACAUUUUGCCUUAAAUGAAAAAUAUAGCUAAAGAUACUUUAAAUGCUGUAUAUGCAAAGAUUGAUCCUUUUAGAAAAGAAAAUACUUUAGAAAUUUAUGGAUUGGAUUUUAUGGUUGAUUAAUAAUUUAAUGUUUGGCUUAUUGAAAUUAAUACAAAUCCUGCUUUGGAUAUUUGCUCUCCAUUGCUUUCUAAAAUUAUUCCAGAAAUGAUUGAAAAUACUUUCAGAAUUGCUAUAGAUCCUGUUUUUCCUCCUGCUGGAUUUACUAAUUUUAAGAAUAAUUUUAAUAUUGAUAAUCCUUUAGAAAAUAAUAAAUAUGAAUUGUUUUUUGAUGAAUUAACAGAUGGAAAUAAUAUGAAAAUUAUUGAAAAUGAUUAAAAAUUAAAUUGGGAUACUAUUAAUAAAGAAGAAGAAAAAUUAGAAGAAAACGAAUGA